AUGACUGCGUCCAGAGGCUUCGACAUCCAUAAACCCAUUACCUACAAGCCCAAGCAUGCCAUUAUACAGGACCUGAUUGAUUUCAUCAAUCGGCGGACCCCGAUUAUAAAUAAUGAAAAAACGAAGAACGAAGAGGUUCCACUCAAGGUCGAUAGAUUAGCAUUAUUCAACUUGGCCAUUGCAACCGCAAUUGCUCAGGGCGAAAGAGAAAUGGAGGCUGAGCACAUCACGGAUCUGGAUGGCUAUCUCAAAUUUGCUGACGAUCUCGUUGAGUGGACUCCUACAGUCAGCUCCCAAGGAGACGAAGUCCUGAGAAAGAUCCUUGUGUUCUACUGGCCAUUCAACCAGCAGGAACUCAGCGACCUUCAGACUCCAAUCGCGCCAGAAUUCACCGAUACCGAUUUGAGAUGGCUUUCUUAUUGGCUUGUUGCAUAUGCACGACGAUUGGGGGAGUACAUGUCCACACCAGAGUCAGUUGGAAAUAUUUGGAGUCUCUACACCAGUCACAAAUAUGGCCAAGGCCCUGGUGAUGCUGACAAAGGCACCAAGUACGACAAGGGAGAUCGCUACACGCAGUGGAAAACCCCCGAAGGAGGUUGGAAAUCAUUCAAUCAAUGGUUUUCACGAGAAUGGGCCGAUAUCGACUACUCCCGCCCACUUGAUGGAAAGGGUGAUGACAAAGUCAUUGUCCAGGGCGCUGAUUCGGUAUUUAACGGCCACUGGGACAUUAACAAUGGGAUUGUUCAUAUCGAUCCGGCCGAUUUAGAAUCUGCCGAGGUGUCUAUCAAAAUCAAGGGUAUUAAUUGGUCCAUUAAAGACUUGGUCCGAGCCAUCGAUGGGGAUACAACAUUUGACAACGGGAGCUUCACGCAUGCCUUCCUUGGGCCGAGCGAUUACCACCGUCAGCACACCCCUGUGGAGGGAAAAGUGGUCCUAGCAAAGAAUAUCCAAGAACAAGUUUACCUUCAAGUCGUCCAGUCCACAACCGAGGAUGGCAAAACCACCAUCUCCCCCGAGCGGGAUAUUGUGAUCAGUCCCGAGGAACUACAGAGACGAUUCGUCAACAGUACGAAUCUUGAGAAGAAAACCAAUUCCAAGAGCCAAGAGGAUCUUCUCGCACUCUACAGGUCGAAUAAUAAUCUUGAAAAAAAUCAGUCUGAGCAACCUAGUGCCAACGGUCCGAAACCUAACGUUGGUAUCACUGCACCCGACCGCGCUGGUUACCAAUGGUGCCAAACUCGUGGCCUCGUUGUGAUUGACACUAGCUAUGAUAGCCAGGGCAAUAAAAAAUCCGUGGACCAUGGCCUGGUUGCGGUUUUGCCCAUUGGAAUGGCCCAGGUAUCUUCGGUCGUCCUCACUGUGACAGAAGGACAAUGUUUGGAGAAAGGACAAAAUAUUUCGUACUUCCAAUUCGGCGGCUCUGAUAUCGUGACUGUCUUCCAGAAACGACCUACCUACCGGGAUGAUCUCGAAGCUGGCAAGACCAAGUUGCACAUCAGAGAAAAGUUGGCCGAGUGGAAGUAA